AUGGUGUGGCGCCUUCGGGGAGCCCGCGCCUCACUCCCAGCUGGAAUCAUCGUCUUCCUCCCUCUCCUUGCAGCUCAGCAGCAGUUGCCGUUAUCCUCCCGUCACCAUGGCGAUAUUCACGCUCCCCCCAUCAAUUUGAACCUCCCCAGUGCCGCUCCCUCCCGCGUAACUUCACCCUCCGAUGCGAGCGCCCUCGCGACUUUGGCUCUGGCCGGCUCCAACCCGGCCGUUCGAGCACCGCCUGUCCAGAUCAGUAGUCGGAAUAACCUGGCUCUGCAGCUCCAAGCGCGGUCUUUGCAGGAUUGGGAAGUCGAGGACUUUGUCCUUUUGGCGACCGUCGAUGGAACCAUCCACGCGAGAGAUAGAAAGACUGGUGCUCCGCGCUGGGCGCUAGAGGUGCCCAGCAGCCCAAUGGUUGAAACCAUCCACCACAGGGUCAACCGAACAGAUCUUUCCGACACACAGCGAGAUGACGAUUUUAUUUGGAUCGUCGAACCCAGCCGCGAUGGGAAUCUGUUCAUCUACACUCCCGGCCCUAAAGGCGGCCUACAUCGCUUAGGCUUGACCGUCAAAAUGCUCGCUGACGAAACCCCGUAUUCCGGGACCGAUCCACCAGUCACUUAUACCGCCCGGAAGGAGACUACCCUUUAUACAGUUGACGCCCGUACGGGUUCCAUUCUUCGAGUUUUCAGCUCACGUGGCUCUAUGCCACCAGAUCAAACCUGCCGCAGACUAAAUGAGUUUGGAUCUGUGGAUGAAGGUGAAUGCGAAUCCAUGGGUACCCUCACCCUCGGUCGAAUCGAAUAUACCGUUACAAUCCAAAACACGGAAACUGGAUUGCCAAUCUGCACCAUCAAAUACGCUGAAUGGGCCCCCAACAACCGUGAUGCUGACCUUCAGAGUCAAUAUUCUAGAACUAUGGAUGAGCGCCAUAUUUACAGUAUGCAUGACGGUGUCAUUUUUGGAUUUGAUCAUUCAAAAGUCGACGGGCGGCGAUAUACACAGAAGUUCUCCUCUCCAGUUGCCAGGGUCUUUGACAUAGCAAGACCUUUGACAAUGGACACUCCCGAUACUCCGCUAGUAUUACUCGCUCAGCCUCCACCAGACGAUGAUUACAGUGCAACCGGAAUCGAAGGGCGAGAAGCACGUGUCUUCGUCAAUUGCACCGAGUCUGGCGGCUGGUACGCCAUGUCGGAACUCACUUACCCUCUUGUGACUGGUCGUGCUAGACGUGCUGAAUGCUAUGAAAAGCCUUUUUUACCCAGCGAGAAGCCUCUCAUGAGCCUCAGCCUGAACGAGAAGAGAACUGCACUUGUAGGAGUCCAUUCUCUCUCCGAGCCGUCUAACCACUUUCACCGAACUGUUCCCAGUAUCUCAGGCCCCCCGGCGGACUUUGCCAAUGAUACGCCACGUGAUAUUAUUGAAGAGCCCGAUAAACUACCGACACCGGCGCCAGCACGAAUCAACAGCGUUAUCAUUCAAAAGGGUUGGGAUAACGCUGUCGAUAUUUUCGUCACCGUCAUCCUUUUACUCAUCGGAGCUUUUGUCUACUUCAACAGUCGCAAUAUCCAGGAACUUGCUAAACAAAAACUAGACCUCAAAAACAUAAUAUCUCUAGAGACUGCACCACCCGCUACCCCUACCUCCUUGCCAAAACAGGACCUCAAUUCCGAAGUUGUCAACGGCUUACGAGCCGAUCCCUCUGAGACCGCCGUUAUCGAAGUUGAGGGCGGAAAUCUAGUGCCCGAAAGCCUACCUACUGAGCGCCCAACUACCCCAGCUCCAGACAAUCCACCCAAUGAACCUAACCCCGUUUACAUCGCUGGUUCCAAUUCCCACCUUUCUCCCGAGAGACAGGAAACUCCUCGUGUUAGAAUACAAGAGCCUCCAGAUGAGGAUCUCGAAGAGAACGGUGAUCUAGCCACAAAGACUCCAGAGAAGAAAAAGAAGGCUAGACGUGGUCGCCGCGGGGGUCAAGCCCAUAAACGUGCAAAAAAGCCGUCGCCCGACAACGAAGACUAUGAAAAGCUGAGUGACGAGGCGACCCCGCGUAGGAGCCAGCCAUCGCCCCAUUCAUUGUUGCGUCCAGAACUAUCCAGAGCAAGGGCACCAUCCACUGAAAUGCUUGAAGCGGAUGGAUCAAUUCGGAUCGGACAAUUGAAGGUCUAUACAGACACUGUCCUUGGUCACGGAAGUCACGGUACAAUUGUGUAUAAAGGCUCCUUUGAUGGGAGACACGUCGCGGUUAAGCGAAUGCUUGUGGAAUUCUACGACGUAGCUGCCCAUGAAGUGGGAUUGCUCCAGGAAAGCGAUGAUCAUAAUAACGUUAUCCGAUAUUUUUGUCGCGAACAAACUGCUGGUUUCCUUUACAUCGCAUUGGAACUUUGUCCUGCUUCUUUGCAAGACAUUGUGGAAAGGCCCUGGGAUUAUCCUACCCUUAUCACGGGUGAUUUGGCGCUACCGGAUAUCUUGCGUCAAAUCACGACCGGUGUCCGUUACCUCCAUUCGCUGAAGAUUGUACAUCGCGAUUUGAAACCACAAAAUAUUCUUGUUGCCGCACCCAAAGCGCGAAGAGGCUCUGGGUCCCUACGGUUGCUCAUCUCAGACUUCGGCCUCUGCAAAAAGCUGGAAGACAAUCAGAGCUCCUUCAGAGCUACAACAGCUCAUGCUGCUGGUACGUCUGGCUGGCGUGCUCCUGAACUUCUUGUCGACGAUGAGAGCCCGGCCAACCCAGCAAUGUGGUCCAACAAUAGCAUGGAUUCUUCCGAGCCCGCCGUGGUAGAUCCGCAAACCAACCGGAGAGCUACACGUGCGAUUGAUAUCUUUUCUCUCGGCUGCGUUUUCUAUUACGUCCUAACCCGUGGGGGCCACCCUUUCGACAAGGAUGGAAAGUUUAUGCGUGAAGCGAAUAUUGUUAAAGGUUACCACAAUCUCGAUGAACUGAAACGCCUUGGGGAUUAUGCUUUCGAAGCAGAAGAUUUAAUUAGAAGUAUGCUGUCUUUAGAUCCCCGCAGUCGGCCGGACGCUACGACGGUCAUGAUCCACCCAUUUUUCUGGUCCCCUGCCGAGCGCCUGGGCUUCCUUUGUGAUGUUUCUGACCAUUUUGAAUUUGAAACCCGGGACCCGCCUUCCCUGGCCUUGCAAUGCCUAGAGUCUGUCGGUCCCAAUGUUAUGUAUCCAGACAUGGACUUUCUCAAAUGUCUCCCGAAAGAUUUCAAAGACAGCCUUGGAAAACAACGGAAAUACACAGGCACUAAAAUGCUUGAUCUCCUCCGCGCUCUCCGCAACAAACGGAAUCACUAUAACGACAUGCCAGAACAUCUUAAAACGCAUAUUGGUGGCUUGCCCGAUGGAUACCUACAGUUUUGGACCGUGCGAUUUCCCAGCUUGUUAAUCAAUUGCCACUGGCAUGGUUUACAUGAUUCCGUAUCCUGGAUCUACUCAGACCUCUGA